CGCCAGCGGCGCCAGCUGGCGCACCUGCUGCCGGCGGCGCGAGAGGAGCUGCAGAUGGAAGUGCAGCGGGCGGCUGCCGAGCGGGAGCGCGCGGAGCAGUGGGAACCGUUCCGCCGGCAGAGCAGCAGCAGCCACGCCGCUGCCGCGGCGGCCGGCGCCGCGGGUGGCCGCGGCCGGCUGCGGCGCGGGGCGGGCAAGGUGGGGGUGAACGGGCCGGAGGAGGACGGGAAUGAUAAGGGGAGGGUGCGGCGGCAGCAGCAGCAGGAGGAGCUGUGGGCGGGGCUGCAGGAAAUUGGAGAGGACCCGGAUGCCGCCAUUGACGAGGACGAGCGGCUGGCAUGGGUCGUGGAGAUGGGUGAGGGGCCCCACGAGUGGGAGGAGGGGCAGAACAUCCAGGGGGAGGGGGGUGAGUCGCGGCUUGGGGAGCCGCACGAGCACGAACAGUGUGCAAUUGGUGGAGGCACGGCGGCUAGCACAGGCGGCGGCCGGUGA